AUGGCUCACCUGCCGGCAGCUGCAGCUGCCUAUGGUGUCCAUGAUCAUGGCUUGCGAUUCCUUAACGAAGAAUGGAACGACAGCAUAUCCAACGGAAACCCUUUCACUCUGAAAUGGAAUCAAUCGUUGGUCAAGUAUGGCGCUGAGCUGGGACUCUUCAAGGUUUCCUAUCCUGCUGAUGGCGUUGUUGUUUACGACUUGGUAGCCAACUUAACUGAUUCCAUGGAAGACGCAUCUUGUGUGUGGACACCAGAGGCAUUGGAGAAUGAACUGUACGCCGUCUGGCUUACCAACGGCCAACAUGUCCAUCGAAACUGGACUCUUUCUCCUCCCUGGAUCCCAAAAGAAGAAUCUAGGCCCCGUUUGCAUUGGGCAGCACCUAUCAUCAUCGUUGUUGUCUGUCUCCUAGUUCUCUACGCCAUAUGUUUGUCGAUAUACCUUGCAUAUCGUCGGCGGAAACGAGAAAAACGAGCAAAGGAGGACGCCACUCCACACCAGGAUGUGAGCCGGAACAACUCUGUUGAUUCUGCCAUCACGGUGCAGACAGUCACGGAGUCCGAAGAAGGCGUCAAGUCAAAACCUAGUAUCUGGCUCAUCACUCACCCGCCUGAAGAGCAAGACAUCACUACUGGAGAACUCUGGAAGGAUGACGACACAGUCGUGGAGCCUGUUGGCCGUGGCGACAGAUCAGCUCUGCAAUCACCUGUAUAG